CACCUCUCUCUCUCUCUCUCUCUCUCUCUCUCUCUCCAACUUUGUUGAGUAUUUCUCAAAGUGAUCGAAGCCAAACAAUCUUCGUUUGAAAUAAAUCGCAAUUUGGGGUUGAUAUACACCGUUCUGUUGAGGAUAGAAAGUUUCCAUUUUUAGUAAAUUACCUGAAAAACGAAACCUUUCUUCAUUGGAGCGUACACCUGAUAUUACUUUCAUUGCCUAUUUUUGGGACUCUGUUCGUUGAUUUCAGUUCAAAAACCAUUCAUCAGAUCCAACCAUCUCAAAGUUCUCGAGGUUAGAGGCUUGAUUUGGGGAGCAAUAGUUUUUCCAUGGGAGAAGCGCAUGAAUUCUCUGUUGACGGGCUUCCAGAAGUUUCCCCUGUUGAGAUCGAUUCAGAAUCCGGCACCUGCCAAACAGUUACCAUCCUCGGUGAAAAGACAUAUGUAAUCGGGGGAUCUAAUGAUGGAGAUGCAUUGUCGAUCAGUGUCCAGAUUUUCAAUAAGGCGACAGGAAAAUGGACGGCUCCAACUGUGUUGGGCACAAAACCUGUGAUUUGUGAAGGCCACUCCGCCGUUCUUCUAAAUAAUGAGCGAAUACUGAUUGUUAAGAGGGAUUCUGCACCAGAUGACCGUAUCUGGUUUCUUGAGGUGGACACCCCAUUUAUAAAAGAGCAGAAGAAGAUAAUAGAUACCGAGAUUGUUGCAUGGAGUAAGGGGGUGAUUGGUGAUUGUCCUAAGCCGAUAAUUAUCAGUGGUCCAUCUGGAGUAGGUAAAGGCACGCUAAUAUCCAAACUCAUGGAUGAGUUUCCAUCCGCAUUUGGCUUUUCCGUGAGUCACACAACCCGAGCUCCAAGGGAGAAGGAGAAGAAUGGGGUUCACUAUCAUUUCACUGAUCGAAGUGUAAUGGAAAGUGACAUUCGCGAUGGGAAGUUCCUUGAAUUCGCUCAUGUUCAUGGAAACCUCUAUGGAACAAGUAUCGAAGCUGUUGAGACAGUAACGGAUUCAGGAAAGAGGUGCAUUCUCGACAUUGAUGUUCAAGGUGCAAGAUCUGUGAAGGCUAGCUCUCUCGAAGUAGUAUCUAUCUUUAUCUGUCCGCCAUCAUUUGAAGAGCUUGAGAAGCGCCUUCGUGCACGGGGAACUGAAACAGAGGAACAGGUCCAAAAGCGUUUGAGAAAUGCAAGAGCGGAGCUUGAGCAAGGGAACACUUCAGGGCUCUUUGAUCAUAUCUUGGUAAACGAUGAUCUUGAAACAUCCUAUACAAAUCUCAAGAAAAUCUUGUGCCUCGAUGGGAGCACUGAGCCUGCAUAUCAAGCAUCUAUGAAGAAAAUCGAACCUCCGGUGGGUCAUUCGGUUUCAGAAACGGAUCAAAAGGUUCUGAUACACUGUGGAACUACGGAGCUCGGAAAACCUUCAAGUGGCUUCAGAUUCAUGCUUGAUGCAUCUUCACUCAAAGGGGGUGCACCGGGCCGGACAAGAGGGUUAAACAUGUAUGCCAUCGAUCCAUUUGCAGAGGGUCUGAAUGGGAUCAAGCAACUCCAAAACUCCACGUAUUGAGCCAUUCGGCAAAGAGCUACAUGCUAAUACUAACUCAUCUCUGUUCUUGGAUUAACUUCGGAGGGGGAACGGAUAGUUAUAUUAGGUUACCAUCUGUUUGCGUUGGAUGUGAUGGAUGAUGUUGAAUCAUACUAGCGAACCAACUGAGAUCUGGGUUUAUUGCUACAUUCUUUAUUUGUUGCUGAGGAACUCCAAUUAGGAUUUUCCCAGCUUUGGGAGAUGAGAGAUGGUUUGCCGAUACUUGUAUUGUUUCUUCAAGUACCCAUUUGGCUCUGUGUAUUUGGAGUCCAUUGCAAGGUUAGUGAUUUAUUGGGUAUUGGAUUCAA